UACAAAUAAUAAUAUCGGCACCAAAAUCACGACACGGGACAAAAAAAAACAUCUUUAUAAGGGUUUAAGGCAGACAGGAUGACGCCUUUCUUUCUAUUGGACCUUAAACUAAACCUUUUCUAGAAAAACAAUUAAUUUUAGUACUGGAAAACUAAAAAACGUGACCAGCGGUAAUUUUCGGCCAGGAGCGUCAAACCGUGUAGCCUAAUUCUUCCCGCGAGUGAAACCAAUAGGGUUUGCUAUUGGCAGAUAUUUGGUAGUUUUGCCCAAUGGCAGUGCAGUUAACUGAAGCUUCCCGUGCUUCGCGACUUCGCGACAACUUCCGUCGAAUGGCGCGCUCUGCAAAUCCCGCAAAAUCAGCAGUGACAAUGGCGAAGUUGGAUUAGGGUCGUUAACCUGAUUCUCGAGACGAUUAUAUGAUUUCAGGUCGGAUGUUCCAGCUUUUCGUUCAAUUCAUGCUUAGCCAUGACUACUGAAAAAACAAGAAUGGGCAAACGGAAGCUGCGAGAAACACCUCUCAAAAAUAGGUCACCAGAUUCGACGCCUAAGAAAGUGAAAAUGUCUGUUUCUGAGAAUAACAGAAGCUUACAGUCUUCUCCAGUAAAGGAUUUUUGUGUAGAGGGAGUGGAAAGCUCCCCUGUCUUUGCAACCAAAUGUUUUUAUGGACUUGAUAAGAGCAAAAUCAGCAAUGUCAAACAGAACAGUCAAAGGCGUACGCCCAAAAGCAAGCCUUUCACGGCCAUUGAUGAGGAGAAUCGCAGCUCCCCAUGCAAAUUCACCAUGAGUGGCAACAAGACUUUCAGCCCUGACUCCCGGGUUCAUGAGAAAAUGUUGGAAAGAAUUGCCCAGUCCCCCAUGAAGCAGGCAGUCCUGGAGACCUGCUCAGUGGAACAGUUCAGAAGAAUGUACAGGGGAGAAUUUGAAGCUGUGGAGAGAGAAGUCGAGCUGGAAAGUAAACCCCGAACCAGGAGAGUGUCUAAAAUCAUUACCCGCCAAGACGAUGAUGAGGAAAACUACGAUGAUAUGUCGGAUGACGAAAUAAGCUUCAAGGUCCAGAAUGGAGGUUUGGACUCUGAUGAGAUUGUGGAGCCUACUCCACGGAGCAUGUUGAAAAGAUCAUUAAGAGAUGAUGAAAUCAAUGAGAAAUUGGGUGAGGAAUCUGAUGAGGACAAUGAAAACUGGCUGGAUUCAUCUGAAGAAGACGUGGAUUCCCCAAAGAAGCUUGCCAAGGUUGAUGAGGGGAAGCUUGCAUCUACUCCUGCUUCUAAAUUGGAAAAAGCUGAUGCCCCUUCAAGUUCUGAGAGGAAAUUUUUCAAAACUAGGUCUCCCCUUGAUAAUAUAAAAGUGAGAAAUAUAAUGUUUGGCAAAGGAUUUAGUCUUAAAUUCAGUUCUAAACCUCAAAAUGUGAGGCUGACAAAGAAAAAAUCUGAAUUGAAAAAGAAGCAGUUGCAGAAAAACAGUCAGGUGCAAGGCAAAAAAGGAAAUGGGUUGAAUUCUUCAAGUCCUCUGCAAAUGUCCACACAGACAGGGUUUACCUUUGCCCCUGGUUUUCUGUCCCCAAAAAAGUCAAUGGAUUCAGCAUGUGAUGAGGGAAAUAUCUCAGACAGUUGUCAUGAAGAUCCUGCAGAGGACCUAGUGUUCAAUAAGGAAGGGAGCAGGACAUACGACUGUUCUCCAGUGAUCAAAAGCACAUGUGGGUUAAAGUUGGAUUCGCCGAGUUCUCUUUCGGAGAAUGCUGAUUUGUUGGAAGAAGGAAGAUCUAGUCCACCCAGUUGUCGGGGAACACCUGUCUAUCAUGGCUCAGAAGAGUUGUUUUCAACUGAGGACAGCAAUUCCAACGUUAGUGGAGAGGUGAAAGGUGCUACCCAUGAUGAAAAUGUUGGGAAAUCUUCAAGUUCAAGAAAACUUUUCCCAAUCUUCAGCAAAGGAGUACAGCAAGGAAAAGCAACUCCAAAAGGAAGUCCUCUCACUGACAAGCUCUCUCCUACCACUCCUAAGUCUGUCAAGGAAAAUCCAUCACAGAUGAUUUUGGAUGCUGGUCAGAAAAAGUUUGGAGCGACCCAGUGCCCAGUUUGCAGUAUGGUUUAUUGUCACGCAGACCCAUUUGACGAAAGGACUCAUGCAAAGUUUCACAAACGUCUCGUUGAUGCCCUUAAAUUUCCUGGUUGGAAAAAUGAGCGUGUUGUGCAGGAAUAUCCAAUGGAUAUGAGUCGUGUGAUUUUGGUGAUGACUGAUGGUCCGAAGUAUGCAAAGAAAAAGGUGGAAGAGAUUUUCCAAGUGAUGGGCCGAGAACUAGGAUUUCCGGACAUUGGCCCUUCAUUUCACAAUCCGUACCAUAGGGUGUUCUUUUAUGUUUCAUCCGAAAAACAAAUUGAGGGAUGCUGUGUGGCUGAACCUAUUAGUGAGGGUUAUCGGAUCAUCCCAGACAACCUUGAUGACAAAGAAGCGAGUGGUCAGCGGCCGUGGUGCUGCACCAAGGUGGCGGAACCGGCCUGUGUGGGCAUUAGUCGCCUGUGGGUGGCUGCGUCCCAGCGUCGUUCUGGGGUGGCCACAAAACUAGUGGACUGCGUCUUGCAAUGGUUUGAGUAUGGAACCCUGAUCCCAAAGCAUAAAGUUGCUUUCUCAGAUCCAACACCAGAUGGAAGAAGAUUUGCACAGAAGUACAUGGGAAUGCCAACGUUUUUAGUUUACAAAUAUCACGGUUGAGUUUCAUGAACAGUUUUCCUCAGUUACGGUGUUGUUUAGAGAUUUAUAGCCAGCCCCGCCCCCGUCGUCGUAAACUUAAGUGAAGUUUCUGUUGGAAAUAAUACAAAGAGGUUCGUAUGGACAGUAAUUAUGUACCAUUCAAUUGUCUUACAUGUGUGGCAUUGUAGUAAAAUCAGGUGCUCGUCAAAAUAAUGAAAUCAAAGAAACCAUUUUUCUGCCUUUUAGGAAAUUUUUUUUUUCUUGAACAACUGUUAUGUCCAUUUAAGAAAAUAUUUCGUUGGAUUUUACUCGAGAAACCUUUUUCCCCUGUGAUUUGAUUGCUUGUCAUGAGUGUUACAAGUCUAGUGUAUUGUGGCUUGAUUUUUAUUUCUGUACAUAGAUGUUUACAGAAGAAUCAGCAAAUUAAAUGUUUGUUUUUGUUUUGUUUUUAAAACUCAAGUAGCAUUCAUUGUAAUUUGAUCAAAUUGAAAGUGUUUAUUCAGAAUUGCUAAUGAAUACAAUGAAAUCAUUGCCAGGUUGAGUUAUUUAUCUUUAUGGAGAGCAAUUUUCUUUCCAAUUCUAAUGUGAAGACGCUGUUUUCUGUAUCCCUCCUCGGAAUUGCAAACACGCCAGUUGCAUUUUUCGAGCUCUCUCAUAGUUUCCUUUCAGAUAUCUCCUAAAGGCAGCUGUUUUAUUUCUUUUGGUUGAUGGAAGUUUCACAUCCUUUUUCUUACAGACUUCAACAUUUUGCUAAAACCACUCAUACAUAACUAGUGGAGUUUUUGAUAUUUUAAUUUCAAAUACCAUAAUGUAAUGAAUGUCAUUUUGCUUUGAAAAUGGUUUGCAGCUGCAGAUAAAACCAUUUAUGUUUGUAUUUUUAACUCAUUUGUUCCCAGUCUCUAACAUAUCAGAGAGAAAGAAAACCUGUUUUGAGAAAAGAGAUUGAAAAGUUUAGACAGUGUUUUAUCUUUAAUUUGGGUGUAAUUUUUCAUGAAGAAGAAUGGACAAGGAGGCUGUUUCAAGUUUUACUAGAUCAUGCUCAAGAUUGACCCAUGCAUAAAACAAAGAUGGGCAUAAUAUUAGAAAUUACUUAAUGGGGGUCAUAUUUGUAAAAUUGAGGGGGAUUUUACCCACAAUGAAAAGUACUCAUACUCAUAGCAAAAGAAGCAAAUUUAUUACUUUUGUAAUGAAAGUUUGCUUGCUAUCAAGUUAUGAAAAGGGAUUGUUUUACAUGUGUGGAAUGGGACCAAUUCACCAGUUUAGCAGAAUUUCUUUUUCUUGCUUCUGUACAUACAUGAUGCAUUUUGGCACCUUUGAGAUCAACGUGUACUUUGGUCCAAAUGUCUGGACAAUAGAGAGUGCAUGUUUAUUUUUUCAAAUAUCUUAUUCUUAGAUCUAUACAAUACUAUAAGUAUUACUGUAUACAAGCAUGUGUUCAUGUAUAUAUGAUAUAAUUGGAAGGUUGGGAGUUAUCCAUGCCUUUGUAACCCAAAUGUGUUCCGAAAAGAUGUGGUGCAGAGUACUGUGAAGAUGAUUCAGCUUUUGCAAAACAUUUCAAAUGCUGACACCAGUUGGUUUGGAAUGUCCCUUCUGUUGGUUUGGAUAGUAGUAUUAGUAGUCUGCACCCUGUCUCUUUCUUUUUUUCUCUUUUUUUUAAAGAUCUUUUUGUAAAAAAAAUUCUUGGAAAUUGUUGCUUUUUCUUGUAUAUUUUAUGAGACAAUUUUUUAGUUUGUGCAACCUUAGCACCUAUUUAUUGUUAUACAUGUACAUGGAAACCUUUUCUGGCAGUUUACCCUUGAGCUAUAUAGGACAAACACUGGUACUUAAAUGUGUCGUUUAGUUGUCUUUUGAUUUUGAUAUUCAUUUCUAACUGUUGUGAUGUAUGAUCAAAAUGUCAGGGCUUCGGGUUCAAACAGCAUAACAUCACUUUUUUUUAAGGUGAAUUUUACAUCAGGGUAAAUUUGUUUUAUCAUGUGUGGUAUCUGAUGAAGAAAAGAGGUGUGGUUACGUGGAUAUUUCUGAACAAAUCUCUAAUGCGUUACUUGUCCCAAAUCCAAUGGAUUUAUAACAUUCAUGGGGAGUUGUGAAUUCUCAAGUGCUUGUUUUAUUUUUUUCUGAUCUGUAUGUGUAAGAUUUUCGUGUCUACUGAAAUGUUGUUGUUUUUUUUUCAAUUUCACAUUAUUAGAUCUGACCAAAACAUUGCAGCUUGAUUUUGAUGGGUUGUGGGAGGUGCUUUUUGAAACAUUUCUGUAAUUACAUAAACAUGUAACACUUCAGAUUUUUGGUUUGCUUCACAACUUUACAUGUUGUCCUCUUUUACUUUUAUCUGGAUAUGUUCAUGAUUCUUUUUUUUAUAUUUUGUGAAUUUACACUGGACCAAAUGGAUGGUUGGGGAUGGCACUGGAAGCUUCUGUUUAUUUUGUUUCUGUCUUGUUUUUUCACUGCAUCAAGUAACCAUAGGUGUUUUACAAAGACACAAGUAAACUUUACAUCAAUGACAAUGGCAUAAGAGACAACAGUGGCAAAGUUGUGUGGUGUGAAGAUUGUCUUCCAGCUAAUAAAUUUAUACUAUGGUUGCUUUUUCCUGGAAAUCUUUCAGAAGCCUGAUUGUCGGGAAGACGAUACAAAUGACUUGGAAUAAUCAUGUCCUAAAAAACAAUUUAAAAAAAACAACUAUGCAUAAUCAUUUUGAUUUCUUUUUAUAACUUUUAUUACGCUGUCCAAGACAUCAUUUGUCAAGCAAACAUGGACAGUUGACAGUGCCUUGAAAGAUCUUACAUUUAUCUCUGCACAAUUUUUUUAAAUUUUGUUUUCAAAAUUGUUAAGCAUUGUACAUGUGUUCAAUAAACUUAAUUUUGUUCAUUUU